GGAUUACGUUAUAAUGAAAUAUUUAUUUUUUCGAGAAUGAACGAGUCGAAAAAACUCGAAGAAGAGAUUAAAUUCUACAGAAAUCUUAUCAACAACUACAAAACAACAGGUUCACAGUCUAACAGUGCACCAAGGCCCCACAAUGCAUCAAAGCAAUACAAUGCACCAAGGCCCCAUAAUGCAUCAAAUCCAAGAAAUGUGUCAAUGCCAUAUUAUGCCUCAAAGACUUUCAAUGCUCAAAAAAUGGACUCGGGAGUAUAUCACGAAAAAUCUAGUCAGUGGUCAAGGAAUUUCUCCACAAAUAAGACUUGGACGAAACAAUGUCAGAAAAAUUCAGUACCUAUAAUUAGUAAAGAAAAACAGGCAAAUUUAGAUGUGUCACACAGGUCCAAAAAUGAAUCAAAGAUUGUAGCAGAAAAAGGACAUAUGACUAAGCCAGUAGUUAAUAUUCCAAUGACUGGAUCUCAAGAGCCACAUCCUCACAUAAUUGGAGUAAAGGAUGUUGCAGAACACAGACUUAAAGCUAAACAGGAUGUUUCAUCUCAUAAAACUAAAUCCGGUAAGCCAACCAUGGGUUUAUGUAAAACUGUGCCUCAAUCAGGGAACCUUGCGAAGCCAGUAAAACCUUAUGCAAUAGAUGGUAGAGCCAAAUGGAUGAAACCAACUGUAUCUGAAGAUAUACCAAAAACAGAUAAUUUGCCAA